GUCAGUGCCUGGUGUGUUUGGGCAUCGUCAGAAUGAAAAUCUACCUGUGAUAAAGCGCAUGUUACUGUCUGGACUCCAGUCCAACUCUGAAAUUCUUCGCACUCAAGCUGUAAAAGCUGUUGGUGCGUUCAUACUUCUACAUGACAAGGAGCCUGCCAUACAAAACAUUUCACUGAAUAUACUUAUUCCAUUGAUGCAGGUUAUUGUCCAAUCGAUUGAGAAAAGCGAUGACGAUUCAUCAUUGAAGGUGCUUAUCGAAUUAGCGGAAUCUGCACCUCAGUUUUUGCGACCCCAACUCGAGCCCUUUUCCACGUGUGCAUAA